UAUGGACUCGUCCGUACACCUCAUAAGCGAGGUAGGUUCUUCAUUCCCAGUGUUGAAGCGAUCCCUUCACAACGCGGUCAAGUGUGUACAGUACACUAUUCACGCCUGGAAGGUUGCCUUCAUUUACUGAAGCAUGUCUUGCCAAAGUGGUGGUAUGGAUAUCAACCAGCAACAUCAACUUGAACAUUUUGGUUUUUCUUCAAAGCUGAAUGUUUACGUUGUGAAUGAGGAUGAGGAAGAAGAUGAGACAGAAGUUAAGGACUACGGGCCUAUCCUAGAAUGCUUCAGAGAUGUUAAGGAGCUGAAUCAGUUGUUGCCCCAAAACAUCGAAGUUGUUUCUGUGACCCAAGAGCAGAUAGCAUGGAGGGUGUCUUCACAAAAAACCUUAACCAAAUGGUUUGAGACAAUCAGGAAACUAUCGAACCUACUCACAGAAUUUGCAGUGAACACAGGACUUGUGAAAAGGCUCAAUCUUCAAACUGGAUAUCGUCUUGACUUUGACAUAGUUUCUCCUGAUGCAAGGGAAUUAAAAAUAAAGGCAAAGAAACAUUUUCAAGAAGUUAGAUCAUCUCUUGCAAAAGGACCCAAUGGAGAGCCAUCUUUGAAUCUUGCACUGUCAAAGCCCUUAACAACUGUAACUAAGACACCAGGAACUCCUGCACAUAGUGAGGUAACAGCCAUAGUCCCCAAUCAAGAAUCCUCUUCUUCAAUACCGGACCCAGAACUUUCUGACGUUUCGGGAGCUCAUUCUGGUGGACCUGACAAGUAUGUACUUGCUACCAACACACAGCUUUGCCAUGAUGACUCAUUACCAACUACAACCCAAGCAAAGGUGGAUAUGAAAGCAUUAAAGCCUGGUAACAUCUGCAAAGAAACAGAAGCAAAGUUGCCUUACUCCACUGAAACAGAUAGUCAUAAAAUGACCACCCCACCCCUGCCUGAUGUAGCUGACAGUUCUUCGGUUGAUUUUGAUGUUUGUGGUGGACAAACAACUAUUUCUGGAAGGGAGCAAUCAAAGGUAUCAUCUACAAAAGUCAUACUCUAUGUGCCUGAAGAGUAUUCUGCAUGGAGUGUCAAAAUGAAAUAUGCAUUUAGUGGAAACAAAAAGGGAACCGUAGUGAAGAUGGAAUAUGACAAGGAAUCAAAGUUGUGGUUUUCUGAGAAAAUUCAAUGUCCAUUGGAUACAACAUUUUCUUAUGCUUUUGAUAUUUUCAAAAGAUUUGCUGUGAUAUACCCUUCACACUCUGACAAAGACUUUACCAGAUGUCCACACUUGACUUCAGUUAUAAGGACAUUAAAGGGAUCUUCAUAUGAAGAAGGUUGCACACAUCACUUGCAUCACAUUGCCUCGGGGAGAUCCUGUGUAUCGAUAGGAGGAAAUUUGAUUGAAGUUGACAACUUAUGUAAACUUGCAAACUUAGAUCUGGAUAAAAAGAAUGGCAUAUUCACAAGAUUUACAUCUCUGUUGGAAAAACCUUUGAAACAGUCAAAGGUAUUAGCUAUUCUUGCUUACUUGAUAGGUAAGUGGGACAUACAUCAUCAGACACUUAUUACAUGUUCGGUGUCUCCUUUAGAGGUACUUACCAGUUUUAUGAUAUUCAGACCAGAUGUAUUGUCAAGACAACAGCUUAAGGUUUUGCAAUGUUCUGCACCGAAAGUGGUUAAGGCUGCAUUUCAAGAAACUGCUUGUGUCCUUCUUCUGAUGAAGUACUGUUUACAUUUGUUCCCCUGUUCGUAUUUCAUACGCCUACAGAAGGAGAACAAAUUCACAUUUUCUUCUCGGGACACUGAUACAGAUUUUAACUUGCACGAAGAACUAUUUCACAAACUGGCAUGUGUUGUUUCACAGGAGAAUGCAGAUUCCGAGUCCUCAUUUCAUCUGUUUGAUUUGUUUAUAGAAUAUACCAACGUUUUUCAUAUUCUGAAAUUUCCGCUUGAAAAAUACCCAAAUCUGAUAGAGAGGAUCCAGAGGUUGAUAUCAAAUUCAGUUAAGAUUGAGCUCAAAGGAAUCAAAUCCAACCGUAACUGGAAUAAACUGAGAGAAGUGUGUGAGGUGGUAUCCAAACAUCCAAGUCUUGUAGACAUAUAUUCAGCAGAUCUUACAGAAAUUACAUUUGGUAUGAUGAGGUCUUUGGGUGGCCACACACCACUACCUGGUGACACACUGAAGAAGAUCCUAAUGUCUAAAGCUCUCUUUGUACAGAGACAUGAAAAAGAGACAUUGAUAACAAUCGUCAGCAGAUCCCAAUGUGAACAAUUGCAUGGUUAUUAUCUGGAAAUAGUUGAGAACUGGAAUAUCGCCCAAUCAGUGAUAUCUGAAAGCAUGUGUGUGUGGUUGGAAAACGUAAUAAAACGUUUAAGUAAAAAUACAAACUAUGAAACACCGGUAGAUUAUUUGACAGACAUGUAUGUGAGACUUUGUGAGCUUUUAAGGGUGAAGAAAAUCAGUCAAGAUCAGAGUCUAUCUAGCAAACUUAAAGAAAAGGUCUUCCAAACGGUGUCUGCAAUGGAUGUGGAACUUGUUUUAAAGAAGUGUCUUCAAAAGGGAUUUAGGGUUGAUGACCUCUUUUUUACUCAUCUUGAGCAAAUAACAGAUGAUCUAAACAGAGGACGCUAUUUUGUGUUGAAACUUCAUGAGCUACUGACCACAUCAUAUUACACGUAUCCUGGAAUGAGGACAAUUCAAAUUGGAGUCGAUACACUUGGACGGAUAAUGCCCGAAAACUCUGAGGAUAUGUUGAAUGUCAUCCUACAACAUUGGAGACUGUGCAGUUGUGCUCUCAAGCACUCUACAAAUCAUCUGUUUAGAAACAAUAAAUCUUUAAAAUGUAUUUUGAAAUGUAGAGAAAAAUACCAGAGACAGUUCCAAGAUCGUCACAUAGAACUCCAUGUUAUCAGGAAGCUCAAAGAGUUGUGCAAAAAAGAUGAUUACAUUGCACUUUCAUUUCUUUCACAUGUUGAACCUUGGGAGAAGCAAAACAGGAUUGUUGGAAGCAUGAAGCAAUAUCUAGGUGAAAUAGAAGAAACUGAUAUUGAAGUGAAAUGUGUGUUAGACGUUCUCCUUAUAAUGAGAGAGAAUGCACCUCCUCUACAACAAUUGAUGAAAACAAUGCAAGGGAAGGCAAAGGACUUCGACAUUGGACUAGAUAUUACCAUAAAAUGCAUUGUGGACAGGUCUUUCUUUGGGGAAUUCAAAAGCAUGUUGAAAAUAUGCAAAAUGAACAGAUAUCUUUGGGAAUCAAAAGUCUUUUUGAAAAUGUAUAGAAACUGUCUUACUGGUGACUCAAGUCUUCAUGGCGACGGUUCAUUGUUAAUAACAGGCGUAUGUGAUCUGAUGGAAAAGACAAAAGGGACAUUCCAAACAUACUGGGAAAGAUUAACCAGUGACAGAUACACACCAAUCGCAGAUAUUCACAUGAUCUCCAUUAAGGAUCUUGAAUGUGAAAUACAAACUGCUGAGAAAGUAAUGGACAAGUUUGUCCCUCAGUCUGUGAAGAAUGCACUUCAAUUAGCCUGUGACUACAGAAUGUACAUUCAUAAGACUGCCAUUUUGAAACGUGCCCUGAAGGUACUUGACCUUGAUGCUACAAAGGAUAUCAAGUUUACCACAGCAGUAUCAGCAUUUAGUGCAAUUGAAACGCACAAGGACACCAUGCAUUCACUUAUUACUGCAAGUGAAACUUUCCAAGAAAUAGACAAACUGAUGGACCGGCACAUUGUUGAUGUUCUCAAAGAGUUUUCAGAAUCAACACACCUCCUUAAUUUCAUUGAAGAAAUAAAACAUGAAGAUCUCCGGAAUCUAAUUGAUGCAGUUGAAGAACACUCUGAACAGUCAGUGCAGGAAGUAACAGUUUCAUCUCUCAUUGAUGUACGGAGGUUCCUUAGACCAUUAAUUGAAGGUUCCUUAGAAGAUUCAGUUCUGGCAUUUUUACAGACUGUGCAAAAGUCAAUUGAAGAAAAUGAACUGACGAAAUUAGACAGCAAACUGAAGGAGUGUAAUACUAAUCUGCAUGGCUUACGUUCUCUCUACCACAAUGUAGCCAACAGAGGUGAAGUGACCAAGGGUAUUGUAAAAGCAUUAAUUAGUGAUGAUGAGGCAAGCUUUUCAUUUAAAAUACUGAGCAGUAGUAAGGUACAUAUUGUACUAAAGUACAGAUCAGGCAAGGGAGAGAAACUAUUGAAUUCAAAUGAACUGAAUGAUUACAGAAGCAGAGCUUUACUCUUAGUUAACACAGAAUCGAAAGAACAAGACGUAAGUCUUCAAUCUGAACUGAGUAAAUUCACCGAGUUGGUUGAUUGUGCUGUAGCAAUAGCAGGAUUGUAUGAACAGUUAGUUUCAACUGGGCAUCCCUGUUAUCAUGUUGGACAUGCCAUGUCUGAGCAGAAAAAUCACCUUGCAGGUGAGGAACAACGACUCAGAAAAGCUUUAUCUGAAUGGAAAAAAGCUCUGGAAAAGGCAAGGGAGCAAUGGUAUUGGUUAAAUCAUUUCUAUCCAGAGCAAGUUUCCCAAGUCAAAGGUUUCCUUGUGGAUGGGUUGAACAAGGAUGCAAUUUCGUCAUUGUUUCAAAGUGCUGGAUGUACACCUGGCAAUUUAGAUACUGCACAAGAGUUGUAUUCACAGCAUAAACUAAGGAUAUCAGAUUUGGAUGAGUUCAACUUAAAUGCUAUUGGGGCCACAUUAGAUGACAUUCUGGGAGAUAACAUUGUUAAUGGUCAAGAGUUCCCAGAAGAUGAAGAGUUUGAUCCUUCUCAGGUACGUCCUUUGGAGAGGGUGCAAGAGGGGCAACUGUAUGUCCUUAACUGGAACGAAAACAGUGCGUAUGUCAUCCCAACACUGAUAACUCUGUACAGGAACACUACAGGGCUCAUACCAUGUCAUCAUCAAGUCCUCUUCUGUACUGAACAUACAACAUGGGAAAGUAUACAGCUGUUGCUUAAUAGGUCAGUUGGAGGCAAAUACAAAGGAUUUAAAAAGCAACUUUACUGUGUUGUUCAUGCAGAGAAAUUGAGAAAUGAAGUGCAGUUUCAAUUUGUAUACAAACUAAAAGAACUUGGAGAUAAGAUACAAUAUCUGGCAGUCAUAUGUAGAGGAAACAUCAACCACCCUCUUGUGAAUCAUUUUUCUGAGAAUAUCCAUAAACUAAGACCUAUGUUAAACAUCGCACUCUCGAACAGCAUUAAGCAAUUGUGGCCUGAUGUAGUUGUUGUUACAUCUGAUCUUCCAGGUCAAGGAAAGAGUGAACAGGUUCAGUGUGAUGCUUUCAGAAAAGGGCUCGACAUUGUGCCCCUAGAUGUAAGUGGCAAUAUUACUGAUGUAAUAUUCAUGUUAAAGUUGAAGGAGAUUUCACUGGAAAGGGACAGUCUUUUACAUAUCAAUAUAGGAAUUGUGUCAAGUGCAGAAGAAAUUGACAUUUUCAUCUUCAAACUUUGCAUUCUCGGGUUCAUGUCUUGUGGUGCUAGCAUAUUUCCCUGUACAACUGGACACGUGCGUAUUGAGAUAGCCAACACAAUCAAUCACACUUUGGAAAAUGAUUUGCCAACCAGUUUUUUUUUUGAAAAGAAAAACCUGCCUUGGCUAAAUUUUACAAAUCUUAGAGUUAGUCAGGAAGUUGGCAGUGCAGUUCAAGUUGUUUGUCACUAUCUACAGAAGAUGAAAGACAGUGCAGUAGAUUCAACAGAUAUGUAUUUUUCUGGUGAGAAUAUUGAAGAACCACUGCCUGAAGAUUGGUGCAGAAACCUACUCAGAGAACAUUUUUCUACAAUUGGAGAUCUGUCAUUUUCGGUACUAAACAUUUUGGUGAAUGUACUUGCAGAUCAGUUAAAGAAAAUGUCCUGCAGUUUGUUUUUGAGAACAUCAAGUUUGUAUUCCAUGGUUGGUGACAACACAGUUAAGAGUUCGCUCCUAGAGACUUUGAUAUCAUCAUCAACUGAGUUUGCUACUAGGUCAGUUGGGCCAUGUAGGCAGGAACAGAAGCAGACUGUUGUAUGGUCAAAAAGAGAAGGGGGUGUCCCCAGUGGCAGUAGUGACAUGGCAACAGCUACAACAAUGGCCGAUAGAGUGCAGGGCAUGAUACAGUGGGAGGAUAGUAAUCACUUGAUCAUAGCUUUCCACUCUCAAAAUAUCCAAACAUUUUCAGCCUUAUAUAGAGACUUGAAAAGAAUUCCAGACCAUGUCAAAACUCUCUUUGAGACACAGAUGAAUAAGGACCUACCUGAUUUCUCAGUGCUGACUGAUUCAGAAUUGAAGGAUAAGUUGAAACAUAUUGCUGGAUCAACUGAUGAACCACUGUCACAAGUACCCGAGUCUUAUGCAAUGACUCCAGACAACCUGCUAAAAAUGAUCCUAAUUGUAAUGAGGAUCAAAGCACACAUCCCUGUAAUAAUUAUGGGAGAAACUGGAUGUGGAAAGACCAGUUUACUUAGAUACCUUGCAAGUGUAUGUGGCAUUCAUUUCAUUGCCAAGAACAUGCAUGCAGGCAUAGAGGAAGAAGAUGUGACUGAGUGUGUAUUAGAUGCAAUGAAGUUGUGCAAAGAAAAGUUGGAAAAACAUGUGUGGCUCUUUUUUGACGAAAUAAACACCUGUGAUCAUUUAGGAAUUUUGAAUGAGCUUCUUUGUCACCACAAAUUCAAGGGACAGAAGCUCCCACCAAACCUUUCAAUAAUGGCAGCUUGCAACCCUUACAAGAUACGAAAAGAAUGUAACAUUUUAACAGCAGGACUUGUCACUAAAGUGAAAAGUGAUGACCAGUCCAAGCUAGUCUACCGUGUUCACCCUUUGCCAGAAAGAAUGGUAGACUAUGUGUGGGAUUAUGGCAGCUUGACAGAAUCAGAUGAAAAGGCAUAUAUUAGCAGUAUGGUUGCCAAAACAUUGGAUGCUUUGCCAUGUGAGUUACUUGUAGAUCUGUUGGUAAUGUCACAGAAAUUCAUUAGGCGUGUUGAAAAUCAUCCCUACUGUGUAAGUUUGAGAGAUGUAAAUAGAUGUAGGCUCUUGGUGUCCUGGUUUAGAGAUGAUAUGCUAGCAGAAAUCUCUGAUAGUGGUGACAACACAGAUGAGAGGGAAACAGAGGCUAUGAUAAUGGCUUUGGCACACUCGUAUCAUUCAAGACUGAAUGAAAGCAAAAAUAGGGAAGAGUAUAGACAAAGUGUAGUUGGCCUUUUACGAGACCAUGGUUUACAUGUUGAUGAGGAAUUUGUCUUGAAAACAAUAGCAAAAAAUCAGAAGGCAGUCCUUGACCAGAUGGAACUUCCUGAUGGCAUAGCCAGAAACACAGCACUCCAGGAGAAUGUGUUUGUCAUACUGGUGUGCAUCCUGAAACAUAUACCAAUAUUCGUUGUUGGUAAGCCUGGGUGCAGUAAGUCAUUAUCACUACAGCUACUUAAGGGCAAUCUUCGAGGGAAAGAUUCCAAAAAUGACUACUUCCGAAAGCUACCUCAGCUGUAUUAUGUGUCUUAUCAAGGUUCAGGGUCUUCUACAUCAGAUGGAAUCAUAAAGGUUUUUGAAAAAGCACAGAAAUACCGUGAACAUAACAAAGAAGAAGAUGUAUUACCUGUUGUAAUACUUGAUGAGAUAGGUCUUGCAGAAGUAUCUGCAUAUAACCCACUGAAAGUCCUGCAUAGCUUGUUGGAGCCAGAGAGGAAAGAGUUCCCUGAUGUUGCAGUAGUUGGAAUAUCAAACUGGGCUUUAGAUGCAGCCAAAAUGAACCGUGCAGUAUAUCUCUCACGGCCAGACAUGGAUGUUAAGGAGUUGCAUUCCACAGCAGUGUCUAUUGCUGAAUUUAGCAGUGAAGCAAACAAAUCAAAAUCUAUAGACAGUACCAUAUCUUCAGAUCUGUCAAGAGAAGAUGACAGUGUUUUGGAAGCUCUUGCAUAUGCCUAUUUUGAAUAUGUUAAAAAUCAAAACAUUAAGAAUUUUCAUGGUUUGAGAGACUUCUACUCCCUGGUUAAAUUUAUUUCCCGGGAAGCUAAUUCUCAGUCAGCUGGCCCAAGGAAUAAGUUUCAAGUUGUUUUGAAAGGACUUCUGCGUAACUUCAGUGGUUUGGAAUCAGAAAUCAAAUUUGUGAUUCAUACAUUCAACAAACACUUAAAACAAAUGACAAAACGACAACCCCAAGAUCUAACAGAUGAAUGUUUUCCAUCAUUAUUGAAGCUGAUUGAUGACAACAUCAAGGAUACAUCAGCUAGACAUUUGAUGCUAAUAUCAAGGGGGGAUUCAUCUCUAGGCAUUGUUGAAGAUCUUCUGCGAUCAAACAAGCGACAAUAUAUCACUAUCUUGGGCAGUUGUUUUGAUGAAGAUCAGACAGACCACUACAGCUACAGAAUCCUCAGUAAAAUCAUCUUAUGUAUGGAACAAGGAAUCACACUUAUUUUGAAAGAUCUGGAGAACAUCUAUGGAAGUCUGUAUGAUAUGCUCAAUCAGAACUACACAACAGUCGGGAGCAAAAAGAACUGCAGAAUAGCACUUGGUGCAUACAGCAACCCAUUGUGUCAAGUGGAUGAUAGCUUUAGGUGCAUUGUUCUGGUGGAAGAACAGAAAGUAGACUUGUCGGAUCCUCCAUUCCUAAAUCGCUUUGAAAAACAAAGACUCAUUAUAAAUGAUGUGCUUGUUCCUGAGACAAAGCAGAUCGUUGAACAAUUGCAAUCAUGGAUUAAAGACAUUUCUAAAGUAUCAGAUUUUGAAUCCAUGAGUCCAACAGAGCUCCUUCCAAUAUUUAGUUCAGAUCUGAUCCCAUCAUUGGUACACAGUGAAUACAAGACUGAACUUGAUGACAGGGAAGAUUUUCAAAACGUAUGUUUGCAGAAGAUUAUCAAACUCUGUACUCCUGAAGGCAUAAUUCGUGCUGAAAAGUCUGCCUUGAUAACAAAAGAAAAGAGUCUUGUAGAAUCAAUAAGAGAACAAUACUUUUCAUUGCCAAUACAUGAUGGUUUGGAGAUAUAUUUGCAACACAUGUUAGAGUGUUGUAGCCAUGGAAUAUCUGCAAUGGUAUUUACACACAGCAACAUAUAUGUUGACCUUCCAGCCAUUACCCAAAGCAUUACCAAGCAUGCCCAGCAUGAAAAGCUGGGGUCAUUCAAAUCUGAAAAGCAGCUGUCAAGUAGCAUACAACAGUUUUGGUCUGACACUCAUGACUGGCUGUUUAUACAAGUGUCACACACCGAUCAACAACAUUUCUUUCUGUUAAAAUCCAUCCUGGAAUUGGAACAGAAACGAUAUUUAUCAACAACAACUUCUGCAGCAUAUGUUAAACAUGUUGUUGUCAUCAUCCAUGUAGACAGGACUACACAAGGCAGCCAAAUAGGCCUCAUGAACUUUUUAAAUGGGUGGGACAUGGCAAAUGUUGAUUGUCUGGAACCUCAUAUUUUUCCACUGAAAGACUUACUUGAAGGAACCCUGGCAGACAUGGCUCAAAGACUACUGAAAAAGAGGGGGAUCACUUUUCAAAAUCUGUUUGAAGCUUUUGCCUGCAUUCGAUACACUGAAAAGUCACGUUCAAUAGACAGUAUUAAAUCAAUGAUCAAUCUUGAUAGAGUUGUUGAUGUCUUACUUGAACGAAUUGAGGAAUGGAUCAAAGAAACAGAGUCCAUCAGAGAAGAUAGGAACUGGCAACUAGAAACUGCAUGCAAUGUUGUCAAAUUGAAAAACUAUAUGACAUUUCAAACUGCACUUUUGGAAGAAAUAAAAUCAACACUGCUGCAUCCACUAGCUGCUUUAGUGUUUACCAUUGAAAGAUUCCAUGGGUGGGAUUGUCUAUGUACAGAAGCACAUGAUACAAUGACACAGGAAAAAAUGGCGCUGUGGAGUCGUCUUGUCCUGAAUACAUGUGUUGUUGACAUAUCAGGUGUUGCAGAACCAAAGGGUCCAGAAUGUCUCCCAUGUAAAAUGUCAAACUUUUCCACAAAAUUCCCUUUCAGCAUGUACUUCAUUCAUGCUAUUGAAAAUCUAGAAAGUAUAUUCUUGGAUAUAUGGCGGGCCAGACAAACUGAGGAAAAUGACAGUAUGGACAAGACUGCCAGAGAAUUACUGACUGAAUCAUUCAGAAGACAUGUAAAUACUGUUGCCACAGAUAUGUUUGAAUACAGCUAUGGAGAAGAACAGUUUGGUGACUACUUUCAUGAUUUCUGUCUGUGGUUUACAGCAAAACUGCCACUGAGUAUGUCAGAAAAUCAAAUGAUUGAAGUGACUGGUCAUGCAAUUAGGAGUCGUACCUGUCUUGAUAGAGACUCAUUUGACAUGUUUGUGACUAAACUGCAUGUAACAGCAUGGAUGUUCAAGUAUCAGUUGCAAUCUGAACUAGUACUUGUGGAUACCUGUCUCUCACAGCUCAACAUAUCUCUUGAUGACAUACUGAAACAUACAUAUCAGUUGAGAAAAAAGGUUAAGAAAAUUGAGCAAAUCAAAUCAAAUGUGUAUCAUGAAGGAGAAGGUGACAGUGCAUUGGAUGUCACAGAUCACGAUCAUGCAAAAUAUGAACGGACAGUGUUGGAUGAGGAAGACAUUAACAAAAAAGAGAAUGUAAAAGGAGACCAUCAUGACAGAACAGAACUAACGCCUACAUACAGUGAAGACACAACAUGUACUGAAGUUACAGAUCACGAUCAUGUUGGAAGUGAAAGAACAGUGUUAGAUGAGGACGACAUUAACAGAAAUGAAGACUUAAAAGGAGAUCAUCAUGACAGAGCAGAACUAACGCCUACAUACAGCAAGGACACAACAUGUACUGAAGAAAGAUGUGUAGACCAAAUAGAAUUGCGCAUAUGUGAUGACGAUGAUGGUGGUGAUGAUGAUGGUGACAAUGAUGCUUGUGGUCGACUUGAUCAUGAUGGAGAGGACGAGAAACGUGAUGAAACACAGAAUUGGGAAGAAGCUACAACUGCAAGUUGCCAACAAGUCAUAUGUGUCCAUGAAAAGAUUGAAGAUAACGACACAUGUGUAGAGAAAUCUAAUGGUGAGGAUCUGAAGAUCCUGCAAACAGAUCCAGAAGUAAUUCAACCUGUUGCGGAACAAUCUGAUAUGUCUGAUGGUGGUAUCGAUAAGAGAUUUGAAACUGUUAAAAUUAGUGGAAGCGAUGAACCAGAUGAUAGGUCAUUGAGAAACUCAGGUGAAAGCUUAGAACAUGUCACUGAUUCAGAUCCAGACGAAACUGCUGCAGCACACCUUGUGGAUCUGGCAUGCCAAUAUCUUAUACCAUCACAGGAACUAAGGAAGGUGCAAAGUGUUAAAACAUGGCAGAGUUUGGUCAAUUUAGUUCUUUCACUUACUUCAGAUGUCAGUGUUGAGCCUAUGGUAUUACAAACACUUCGAGUAUGCAGUGAUAUGGCCUCUCUCAUCAUUCUGCCUCAUGGAGUAAGUGAAACACAUUUCUGGGAUGUAGGCAGUAAACUUUCAACUGACACCUUAGAUUCUGAACAUUCUGAGCUUGUACUCCAAGACUUAAUCAGAAAGGUUAGUUGUGAUGUACCUUCAAAAGAUUUGAAACAUUUUCUUUCAUCAUAUGCAAGUUGCUGUCUCAUGGCUAACGCAGAAACAGAUUUUGUUGCAAGAUUGUCUGGCAUUUAUUAUGAUUGUGGGGAGGAAGGAAGUGAUGUUGCCUUCCUGGGUUCGGUUCUCCACCACUCAAUCUACUUGCAAUUUGAUCAUAAUCCAGAAGAAAUGAUGACAGAUAGCCUAUUAGAGAAUGAGUUUUUCAAAGUACUCGACGAAUGGUUGAAAAGAAGUCAAGUGCAAGUUGAUGAUUCUCCACUAGCCUGUAUUAUUGCUGAUCUCUUACAAAACCACAUAUUUGGAAACGUAAGUGAACAACUACAAAAAGGACAAUCUGAGUUUCUUGACAAACUUCUCGAGCUAAAGAGACAAUACAUUGGUUCCCUGCAAGUGACAUUUAAGUUGCUGGUUCUUGUAGCAUAUCUAAAAUCAGCACUGCAAAGCCUAGUUAAUUUAAUUGAAACAAACAGCCUUAAAGAUAACACUUGGCAAAAAAUAAAUCAACUUUUUGAAGGUGGAAUGCUUCAUACAACAAGCAGAAUGCAAGGAAUGCAAACAUAUUUCCUCAAAUGCCUGACGAAGGGAGGAGGUUUCAAAGCAUGCAUGAACAUGAAAAUAAAUUGGUCCAAUUUCAUAGAAUACAUGACAACUAUUAAGCCUGCUUCAGACAAGACAAUGACAUUUCUAGAACAAAAUCCAAUGGUAAUGUCUUGCACAAGUGUGUUCCUUGAAAUACAAAAGGCAGCAAAUUGCCUAACUGAGGGUGAUGUGAAUCCAUUACAAACUCUGCUGCAGGAGAAAAGUGCGGAUGUAACUUACAGCCUUUUUGCAUACACCCUGAAACAAUUUUAUCUUGCUUCCAUUGGGAGAACUCAAAACAGAUCAGAAGAAGACGCAUCAAGUAAGCUUAUAGAAGAGGCAAAAAAUCAGCACAUGCCUGAUCAUCAGAUGAGGCUCUUUUCAAGGCUUUGUCAGCAAGAAGCAUUUGGAGUUUUCUUUCUCCAGGUUCCAUCUACUGUUACUGAUUACCAUAUGGUAUCUCCAAUCAUAGACAUAUUAUCUACAGUAAUUUCUGCUGUACCCAGUUUGGACUCCAAAGCAAGUCUGCAUGUUUUCUUGGAGUGCAUAUGCAACCCAUGCGGGGAUGUCAGGAGGUCUAUCCCAGGAUGUUCAGAUGAAACUGAUGCAGUCAGUACACACAGUGAUUGUGAUAUCAUGCAUGGGAGGUCAUCUAUACACUUCUUAGAUUGCGAGUGUGGUUACAGAAACGUGUUCAGUGUGGACAGCAACUGUCCAAACUGCUCAAGGGAACUUGAUCAAGUUGAAGUCAUGGCUGACCCACUUGUUACAAAAGUAUCAGAUGAUUAUUAUGCUUGCAAGAAACUGACGUGCUGGCAGACAGUUCGUGGCAUGCCACAGGUCGUGUUCAGGGUACUCCAGUUCAUAUAUUUCAGCUGCUUAACUGGUGCAUUAGCCUUGCGAUAUGCAAAUGAUGAAGACUUACGUACGCUUCUAUGCCUGGACAAGGAUUCAGAUGUGACAAAUCACUUUAAUGACAGACUGUUAUGCCACUGGGAAUGCCUCAAAACCCUUUUAAGCAUGGGAGAUGAACAGCUCAAUCGAUUUAUGCAUAUUGUUUUAAGGCAAUCUCGUGUGUUCUUGACAGAUGUAAAGUGGCAUGUUGGCACAAAAGAGGAAAGACAUGAGUUUGAAAUGUAUUUUUCUGAAACUAUUUCUCCCCUUGUGCAAAGACGAUAUGAAAUUAUCAAGGAAGAUGUUGAAAAGUUCAAACAUAUAUAUGACAUGGAAGAUUGGUGUCUGCAAGAUUCAGUUUGUGAGGUUUUUGAGGAAGGAAAAAGAUAUGAAUCAUUACCACACUUGUGGAGGGAAGUCACUCGACCAAAUCCUGAAAAUUUGAAAAUGCAAUUUAUUUUGACAAGUUCAAAUAAAAUGUUUCCUUUGCUCUCACUAAUUCUGUAUAAUGAGCAAGAAUUAAACCUCACAAAGCAUAUUUGGAAUGUUAUACAAUGGCAUAUUUGUACAGUGAAACACAUCAGUUACAGAUACAAGAAAAGAGAGUGCAGCAAGAAAACACUUGCAGACUUUAGACAUUCUCUUAAUGGAAGUGAACACACUGGUGAAGAAGUAAAACAAACCUUAGAUGACUUUUUGCAGUCAUGGAUAGAGAUCGCAAAGAUGAAGUCUCUCUUAGACAUGUAUGAUGAUGAUCUGGGGCAGUUAGAUAUUAUCCAUCCAAAUACUGAACUGGAAAAGUGCAUUGUUGUGAAUGAAGAAUCUCAAAUAUACAAAGUUUUAGAAGUUCUCUUAAGAAUGCAAAAUCGAAUCUUAGAUGAGGCAAUGACUGUAACAGUUCUGCAAGAUGUGUUGUCAAGUAGUUUUCUUAUGAGAUCAAGUACGUGUGCUACAGUGCCAAUAGUAAAAGUAGAAGAUAUUAAAGAGCAACACAUUAUGAAAGGUCCUGAAUUUGAUGAGCUGUUGAAAUUCUCACAGUGCAACACUAAAUGUGGACAUGGAAGAGAAGUGACAUAUGACUUUUUUCAGAUAGAGAAGGAGGUAGCGAUCCAGUGUCUUUUAAACAAAGCAUACAUUACUAUUGGAGAAAGUUUCCCAACUAUUUCGUUCUCUGGUGAAAUCCAACACACAACAGCUUCCCUUCUUCAGGAGAUUGAACAACUCCUAGAACAAGAACCAUUGAGUCCAGAGAUGGAACACUUGGUGGACAAAAUGGACCCAGCUGACCGUAAAGUACUUAUGAACUACUUAGAGAUGACUUUCUGCCUGAUAAAGAGAACACCAGUAUCUCCAAAAGACAGGAAACGUUUCCUCACUGAUUUCCUUGAUUCGUGGCAGUAUCUGUUUCCAUACAGGGUCGAGACUAUUCAUGGUUUUUGCUCAAAUAUAAAUCUCUACAAUAUUGUUGCACUGUAUGAAGCUGUGGAAAAACACAUGGCCUCUGAUGUUGUGGACUCAUUGGAAGACAAAUUCAGAAAAGAGAUUCCAAGAGAAGCACUGGCCGCAGUCAGUCAAGUUGUAAUUUUUGGUAAUCCUUCCUUCCUUCAAAAUUUGGUGAUAGCUCUUUCAAAGUAUGCUUACAGAUACUUGCAGACACAAGAUGCAGAUCCAGAGCAACAACUUUCUGAUCAGCUUAAAAACCCUUCUUUGUGGCCUAAAGGUUUAAUAGAAAGACUCUAUGCAGUUGAAAAUGACGAGGAGAAGGAGGUUGGCCUUUUACCACCAAGCAUAUGUGCUGAACAUAUCUUCCAUGUCGUCAUGUACUACAGGCAGGAAAUUAAGAAAGAGGAAAGAAAGGCAGUAUGUGGUGAUGUUCGGCACAAGCAGAAGCAGACAAAGGCUGUCAAAUCAAAGAAAUGGAAACACUAAACAGUGAAGUAUACAGCCAUCUACCGACUCACUGAGUGUCAUCUUGUCCUUGGCUUUUUUCUUUGUCAUAUCUAGUCUUGGUCAAUUUGAUGAGGUUGUCCUGAAUGUGACCAACUGAAUGUACAUUGACAUCACACAUAUAUUCAAGUAUGAAUAUACAAUCCCAAUUAAGUUAGUGAUAUAUGUAUCAAAACUAUUCUCUGAUAAAUGUAAACAGGCAUACAAAUACAUCAGAGGACACGACUUUGUGACUAAUUAAUGUCAUGACCACAGACUAUAAGUUUCAUUUUGUCGAUAUAAGUAGUACAUGAACUAUAUCACAAAUCUAUUGAAUAAAUCAUUACAUAUUUAUUUCAUUUAAUGAACUAUGUAACAAAAUCUGAUGUAUUAAAGUAGGUUGGCAUAUCUCAUAUUGUAAAUAACUAUUCAUUUUCAAGCAAUGAUAACACAAAUGUAUGAAUGUAUAAUGUAUAAAUGUACACUACCAAUGUAUUUAGUGACAAGUGUAUCAUCAAAUCAAAACUCUCUUUUUUUGUCUAAAAUCGUGGACUGUUGAAGACAUUUUGUUUGGUAUCUCUUGUUGUAAAUAACUGAGCAAUUGUGACACUAUUGGAUAGAUAUUUCUUAACAUUAGAUUUUGAUCUGGUCUUAUUUUCUAGAUCAUUUUCAAGCAAUGAUAAAACAAAUGUUGGACACUUUUGUACUUUGUAAAUAGUGAAGAAAAUUGAAUUUCUUGCAAAUAUAGAAACACAAUAUAUUGAAAAAAAUGCUUUUAUUGUACUGGGCAUGAUAACCAUGUGCCCAUUGUAUCUUGUUAUUUCUUUCCUAGAAAACUCUAAGAUUGGAAACAAUGUUUUUAAAUCUUGUACAUAGCUAUGAAAUUUGAGUGUAAUUAUUAUUGAUUUUAAUAUCUAUAAAACUGGAAUGGACAUUUGGCUUUAGUUCUAGAUAUGUCAAUAACCUGAUACAAAGUGUUAAACGGUUUGUCAAUGUUAAUGCAAAUCUACAAUGUCAUAUAAGGGUAGUGACAGAUGUAUCAGUGCUGACUGAUCACUUGUAAAUGUGCAUGCACACAACCAAAGAAUGCACAAUACCAUUUAGUUCAGUGACUGGUAUAUCAAUACCAAACUGUCUGUGACUAAAUAAUUUUAUAAGCAUGGACUGUUGAAGACAUUUGUAAAUAUUUGUGGUACAUGAACUAUAUGAUAAAUACAGAAACAAAACAUUUAACAUUUUGUUUACUUAUUUUGUCAAAGAACCAUGUGUAAAUAGUUUUGUUAAAUGAACUUAAUGACAAACAUGGCAACAACAUAGGAUAAAAAUGCUUUUAUUCUACUAGUCAUGAUAACCAUGUGUCUACUGUAUCUUGUUAUUACUUACAUAACAAAUUCUGAAAUUGGAAACAAUAUUGUUUUCAUAUCUUGUACAUAGUCAUGAAAUGUGUGUGUAAAUAUUAUUUAUGUUAAUAUCAAUAAAACUUGAAUGGUUAUUUGGCUUUAGUUCUGGAUGUGUCAAUAACCUGAUUCAGAUUGUUAAACAAGUUUAUGAAAACAUUCAAAUAUAAAUAAUAAAUGUCAUAUCAAGGUAGUUACAGAUGUAUCAAAGCUGACAGAUCACUUAGUUAUAAAUAAACAUUCACACAAGCAAAGAUUGGAAUAUGUGACUGAAUCAGUCCAUGAUCCUAGACAAUACAGACCAUAUGUCCAAGCUGUUUAUUGCCUCCUUUUGUGAACCAUUUACCAAAACGUGAAUGCUGAAUAGCAGGUUGUUAUGUCAUGUUGUAAAUAAGUGUAAAGCUUUGUGUUGGAUAAACAUGUAGACAUAUACAUAUUUUAAACUUUGAUUGUAUUUUAUUCUGGAUUGUGUUAACGCUUUGAUAAAAGGUAUGUUGGAACAUUUUGUAAAUAUUUGUAGUACAUGAACAAUAAGACAAAAAUAGAACAAAACAUUUAAAGCAAUUGUAUACCUUUUUCUUGUUUUGAAACAUGAAAGAAAAAAAUAACUAAUAAAUAGUAGGUUAUAUGGCAUUCUCAUAUCUUAUGUUGUAAAUAACCAGGAACUGGAUAUUAUGCUGAAAUAGAUGUUGGAUCGUUUUGUAAUAUCUUCAAGUAUCAAUAUACAAUACCAAUUAAGUUAGUGACAUGUUUAUCGACAAAACUCUUUCAUCAAUGUAAACAGGCAUGCAAAUAUAUAAGAGGACACAACUUUGUGACUAAAUAAUUUCAUGACCAUGGACUAUACAUUGCAUUUUGUAAAUAUUUGUACUACAUGAACUAUAUCAUAAAUAUUUUGAUACUAUGUAACAAAAUCUGUAUUAUUAAUAGUUGUUUGGUAUAUCAUGUUGUAAAUAACUAUGAACAAUUGUAACACAAUCAGAUAAAUAUCCCUUAUAAUCUGUUCUUAUAUUCUAGAUCAUGUUCAAGCAAUAACACAAAUAUUUUCAAGUAUAAAUGUAUAAUGUAUAAAUGUACACUGUCCAUGUAUUUAGUGACUUGUGUAUAAACAAAACAAAACUCUUUUUGUCUAAAUCAUUUCAUAAUUGUGGACUGUAGAAGACAUUUUGUAAAUAUUUGUAAUACAUUAACUGUAUGAUAGAUAUAGUAACAAAACAUUUGACAUUUUGUUUACUUAUUUCAUGCAAUGAAUCAUGGAACAAAAUCUGUAUUAUUGAUAGUUGUUUGGUAUCUCUUGUUGUAAAUAACUGAGCAAUUGUGACACUAUUGGAUAGAUAUUUCUUAACAUUAGAUUUUGAUCUGGUCUUAUUUUCUAGAUCAUUUUCAAGCAAUGAUAAAAAAAAUGUUGGACACUUUUGUAACUUUGUAAAUAGUGAUGACAAAUGAAUUUCUUGCAAAUAUAGAAACAAAAUAUAUUGAAAAAAAUGCUUUUAUUGUACUGGGCAUGAUAACCAUGUGCCCAUUGUAUCUUGUUAUUUCUUUCCUAGAAAACUCUAAGAUUGGAAACAAUGUUUUUAUAUCUUGUACAUAGCUAUGAAAUUUGAGUGUAAUUAUUAUGGAUGUUAAUAUCUAUAAAACUGGAAUGGACAUUUGACUUUAGUUCUAGAUAUGUCAAUAACCUGAUACAAAGUGUUAAACGGUUUGUCAAUGUUAAUGCAAAUCUACAAUGUCAUAUAAGGGUAGUGACAGAUGUAUCAGUGCUGACUGAUCACUUGUAAAUGUGCAUGCACACAAGCAAAGAAUACACAAUACCAUUUAGUUCAGUGACUGGUAUAUCAAUACCAAACUGUCUGUGACUAAAUAAUUUUAUAAGCAUGGACUGUUGAAGACAUUUGUAAAUAUUUGUGGUACAUGAACUAUAUGAUAAAUACAGAAACAAAACAUUUAACAUUUUGUUUACUUAUUUUGUCAAAGAACCAUGUGUAAAUAGUUUUGUUAAAUGAACUUAAUGACAAACAUGGCAACAACAUAGGAUAAAAAUGCUUUUAUUCUACUAGUCAUAAUAACCAUAUGUCUACUGUAUCUUGUUAUUACUUACAUAACAAAUUCUGAAAUUGGAAACAAUAUUGUUUUCAUAUCUUGUACACAGUCAUGAAAUGUGUGUGUAAAUAUUAUUUAUGUUAAUAUCAAUAAAACUUGAAUGGUUAUUUGGCUUUAGUUCUGGAUGUGUCAAUAACCUGAUUCAGAUUGUUAAACAAGUUUAUGAAAACAUUCAAAUAUAAAUAAUAAAUGUCAUAUCAAGGUAGUUACAGAUGUAUCAAAGCUGACAGAUCACUUAGUUAUAAAUAAACAUUCACACAAGCAAAGAUUGGAAUAUGUGACUGAAUCAGUCCAUGAUCCUAGACAAUACAGACCAUAUGUCCAAGCUGUUUAUUGCCUCCUUUUGUGAACCAUUUACCAAAACGUGAAUGCUGAAUAGCAGGUUGUUUUGUCAUGUUGUAAAUAAGUGUAAAGCUUUGAGUUGGAUAAACAUGUAGACAUAUACAUAUUUUAAACUUUGAUUGUAUUUUAUUCUGGAUUGUGUUAACGCUUUGAUAAAAGGUAUGUUGGAACAUUUUGUAAAUAUUUGUAGUACAUGAACAAUAAGACAAAAAUAGAACAAAACAUUUAAAGCAAUUGUAUACUUAUUUCUUGUUUUGAAACAUGAAAGAAAAAAAUAACUAAUAAAUAGUAGGUUAUAUGGCAUUCUCAUAUCUUAUGUUGUAAAUAACCAGGAACUGGAUAUUAUGCUGAAAUAGAUGUUGGAUCGUUUUGUAAUAUCUUCAAGUAUCAAUAUACAAUACCAAUUAAGUUAGUGACAUGUUUAUCGACAAAACUCUUUCAUCAAUGUAAACAGGCAUGCAAAUACAUAAGAGGACACAACUUUGUGACUAAAUAAUUUCAUGACCAUGGACUAUACAUUGCAUUUUGUAAAUAUUUGUACUACAUGAACUAUAUCAUAAAUAUUUUGAUACUAUGUAACAAAAUCUGUAUUAUUAAUAGUUGUUUGGUAUAUCAUGUUGUAAAUAACUAUGAACAAUUGUAACACAAUCAGAUAAAUAUCCCUUAUAAUCUGGUCUUAUAUUCUAGAUCAUGUUCAAGCAAUAACACAAAUAUUUUCAAGUAUAAAUGUAUAAUGUAUAAAUGUACACUGUCCAUGUAUUUAGUGACUUGUGUAUAAACAAAACAAAACUCUUUUUGUCUAAAUCAUUUCAUAAUUGUGGACUGUAGAAGACAUUUUGUAAAUAUUUGUAAUACAUUAACUGUAUGAUAGAUAUAGUAACAAAACAUUUGACAUUUUGUUUACUUAUUUCAUGCAAUGAAUCAUUGAACAAAAUCUGUAUUAUUGAUAGUUGUUUGGUAUCUCUUGUUGUAAAUAACUGAGCAAUUGUGACACUAUUGGAUAGAUAUUUCUUAACAUUAGAUUUUGAUCUGGUCUUAUUUUCUAGAUCAUUUUCAAGCAAUGAUAAAACAAAUGUUGGACACUUUUGUAACUUUGUAAAUAGUGAUGACAAAUGAAUUUCUUGCAAAUAUAGAAACAAAAUAUAUUGAAAAAAAUGCUUUUAUUGUACUGGGCAUGAUAACCAUGUGCCCAUUGUAUCUUGUUAUUUCUUUCCUAGAAAACUCUAAGAUUGGAAACAAUGUUUUUAUAUCUUGUACAUAGCUAUGAAAUUUGAGUGUAAUUAUUAUGGAUGUUAAUAUCUAUAAAACUGGAAUGAACAUUUGACUUUAGUUCUAGAUAUGUCAAUAACCUGAUACAAAGUGUUAAACGGUUUGUCAAUGUUAAUGCAAAUCUACAAUGUCAUAUAAGGGUAGUGACAGAUGUAUCAGUGCUGACUGAUCACUUGUAAAUGUGCAUGCACACAAGCAAAGAAUGCACAAUACCAUUUAGUUCAGUGACUGGUAUAUCAAUACAAAACUGUCUGUGACUAAAUAAUUUUAUAAGCAUGGACUGUUGAAGACAUUUGUAAAUAUUUGUGGUACAUGAACUAUAUGAUAAAUACAGAAACAAAACAUUUAACAUUUUGUUUACUUAUUUUGUCAAAGAACCAUGUGUAAAUAGUUUUGUUAAAUGAACUUAAUGACAAACAUGGCAACAACAUAGGAUACAAAUGCUUUUAUUCUACUAGUCAUGAUAACCAUGUGUCUACUGUAUCUUGUUAUUACUUACAUAACAAAUUCUGAAAUUGGAAACAAUAUUGUUUUCAUAUCUUGUAUAUAGUCAUGAAAUGUGUGUGUAAAUAUUAUUUAUGUUAAUAUCAAUAAAACUUGAAUGGUUAUUUGGCUUUAGUUCUGGAUGUGUCAAUAACCUGAUUCAGAUUGUUAAACAAGUUUAGAAAACAUUCAAAUAUAAAUAAUAAAUGUCAUAUCAAGGUAGUUACAGAUGUAUCAAUGCUGACAGAUCACUUAUAAAUAAACAUUCACACAAGCAAAGAUUGGAAUAUUUGACUGAAUCAGUCCAUGAUCCUUGACAAUACAGACCAUAUGUCCAAGCUGUUUAUUGCCUCCUUUUGUGAACCAUUUACCAAAACGUGAAUGCUGAAUAGCAGGUUGUUAUGUCAUGUUGUAAAUAAGUGUAAAGCUUUGUGUUGGAUAAACAUGUAGACAUAUACAUAUUUUAAACUUUGAUUGUAUUUUAUUCUAGAUUGUGUUAAAGCUUUGAUAAAAGGUAUGUUGGAACUUUUUGUAAAUAUUUGUAGUGCAUGAACAAUAAGACAAAAAUAGAACAAAACAUUUAAAGCAAUUGUAUACUUAUUUCUUGUUUUGAAACAUGAAAGAAAAACCUAACUAAUAGGUAGUAGGUUAUAUGGCAUGUCUCAUAUCUUAUGUUGUAAAUAACCAGGAACUGGAUAUUAUGCUCAAAUAGAUGUUGGAUCGUUUUGUAAUAUCUUCAAGUAUCAAUAUACAAUACCAAUUAAGUUAGUGACAUGUGUAUCAACAAAACUCUUUGACAAAUGUAAACAGGCAUGCAAAUACAUAAGAGGACACGACUUUGUGACUAAAUAAUUCAUGACCAUGGACUAUACAUUGCAUUUUGUAAAUAUUUGUACUACAUGAACUUUAUCAUUAUUGUUUACUUAUUUCAUUCUUUGAACUAUGUAACAAAAUCUGUAUUAUUAAUAGUUGUUUGGUAUAUCAUGUUGUAAAUAACUAUGAACAAUUGUAACACAAUCAGAUAGAUAGCCCUUAUAAUCUGGUCUUAUAUUCUAGAUCAUUUUCAAGCAAUGAUAACACAAAUACUUUCAAGUAUAAAUGUAUAAUGUAUAAAUGUACAAUGCCAAUGCCAAUGUAUUUAGUGACUAGUGUAUAAACAAAACAAAACUCUUUUUGUCUAAAUCAUUUCAUAAUUGUGGACUGUAGAAGACAUUUUGUAAAUAUUUUUAAUACAUGAACUAUAUGAUGGAUAUAGUAACAAAACAUUUAACAUUUUGUUUACUUAUUUCAUGCAAUGAAUCAUGGAACAAAAUCUGUAUUAUUGAUAGUUGUUUGGUAUCUCUUGUUGUAAAUAACUAUGAGCAAUUGUGACACUAUUGGAUAGAUAUUCCUUAACAUUAGAUUUUGAUCUGGUCUUAUUUUCUAGAUCAUUUUCAAGCAAUGAUAAAACUAAUGUUGGACACUUUUGUAACUUUGUAAAUAGUGAUGACAAAUGAAUUUCUUGCAAAUAUAGAAACAAAAUAUAUUGAAAAAAAUGCUUUUAUUCUACUGGGCAUGAUAACCAUGUGCCCAUUGUAACUUGUUAUUUCUUUCCUAGCAAACUCUAAGAUUGGAAACAACGUUUUUAUAUCUUGUACAUAGCUAUGAAAUUUGAGUGUAAUUAUUAUUGAUGUUAAUAUCUAUAAAACUGGAAUGGACAUUUGACUUUAGUUCUAGAUAUGUCAAUAACCUGAUACAAAGUGUUAAACGGUUUGUAAAUGUUAAUGUAAAUGUACAAUGUCAUAUAAGGAUAGUGACAGAUGUAUCAAUGCUGACUGAUCACUUGUAAAUGAGCAUGCACACAACCAAAGAAUGCACAAUACCAUUUAGUUCAGUGACUGGUGUUUCUAUACAAAACUCUGUCUGUGACUAAAUCAUUUAAUAAGCAUGGACUGUUGAAGACAUUUGUAAAUAUUUGUGGUACAUGAACCAUAUGAUAAAUACAGAAACAAAACAUUUAACAUUUUGUUAACCCAUUUUGUCAAAGAACCAUGUCACAAAAUGUGAAUGACAUAUAGUAGGUUGGUAUCUUAUGUUGUAAAUAGCUAUGAACAUUGUGUUAAACUAUCAGGUAGAUAUCACAGAAUGUUGGACAGUUUUAUAAAUUGUGUAAAUAGUUUUGGUAAAUGAAUUUAAUGACAAAUAUGGCAACAACAUAGGAAAAUAAUGCUUUUAUUCUACUAGACAUGAUAACCAUGUGUCCACUGUAUCUUGUUAUUACUUACAUAACAAAUUCUGUAAUUGGAAACAAUAUUGUUUUCAUAUCUUGUACAUAGUCAUGAAAUGUGUGUGUAAAUAUUAUAUAUGUUAAUAUCAAUAAAACUUGAAUGGUUAUUUGGCUUUAGUUCUGGAUGUGUCAAUAACCUGAUUCAGAUUGUUAAACAAGUUUAUAAAAACAUUCAAAAAUAAAUAAUAAUGUCAUAUCAAGGUAGUUACUGAUGUAUCAAAGCUGACAGAUCACUUAUAAAUAAGCAUGCACACAACCAAAGAUUGGAAUAUGUGACUGAAUCAGUCCAUGAUCCUAGACAAUACAGACUAUAUGUCCAAGCUGUUUAUUGCCUCCUUUUGUGAACCAUUUACCAAAACGUGAAUGGUGAAUAGCAGGUUGUUAUGUCAUGUUGUAAAUAAGUGUAAAGCUUUGUGUUGGAUUAACAUGUAGACAUAAACAUAUUUUAAACUUUGAUUGUAUUUUAUUCUAGAUUGUGUUAAAGCUUUGAUAAAAGGUAUGUUGGAACGUUUUGUAAAUAUUUGUAGUACAUGAACAAUAAGACAAAAAUAGAACAAAACAUUUAAAACAAUUGUAUACUUAUUUCUUGUUUUGAAACAUGAAAGAAAAAUCUAACUAAUAAGUAGUAGGUUAUAUGGCAUGUCUCAUAUCUUAUGUUGUAAAUAACCAGGAACUGGAUAUUAUGCUCAAAUAGAUGUUGGAUCGUUUUGUAAUAUAUCUUCAAGUAUCAAUAUACAAUACCAAUUAAGUUAGUGACAUGUGUAUCAACAAAACUCUUUCAUCAAUGUAAACAGGCAUGCAAAUACAUAAGAGGACACGACUUUGUGACUAAAUAAUUCAUGACCAUGGACUAUACAUUGCAUUUUGUAAAUAUUUGUACUACAUGAACUAAAUCAUCAUUGUUUACUUAUUUAAUUCAUUGAACUAUGUAACAAAAUCUGUAUUAUUAAUAGUUGUUUGGUAUAUCAUGUUGUAAAUAACUAUGAACAAUUGUAACACAAUCAGAUAGAUAGCCCUUAUAAUCUGGUCUUAUAUUCUAGAUCAUUUUCAAGCAAUGAUAACAAAUACUUUCAAGUAUAAAUGGGCGUAUGGGGAAUUCUCAGGUUUGAUUGCGGGUGCCCAUGAUUGAGCAUCAAUCAUGCCAAGCAUUGGAAACGAUUUGGCCACUUGCAAAUAAUAACAUGACAUGGCCAAAUCGUUGGCACUAAGUGUGUACAUGAUCGAGCAUCGGUCAUGCCCAAGCAUUGGGAUCAAACGCUGGCUAUAGUUCUGAGCAUCAGAGCACAGCGAGUGACUACACAGAACGGUACAAAAUGGUGCGAUAAAUGAGCAUACAAGUAGCCUACAAGUUGGAUUUGGAUUAUUGAACUUUAGGGGGAACUAUCCCAGCAAUUUGAGGAGGAUAGUAAGGCCACAAUUCGAGCCAGAUGUGGAUAAAAUAAAAUACCAUGACACAGCUGGCUGAGAAUACCCCAUAAAGCUGUCCAUGUAUUUAGUGACUAGUGUAUAAACAAAACAAAACUCUUUUUCUCUAAAUCAUUUCAUAAUUGUGGACUGUAGAAGACAUUUUGUAAAUAUUUUUAAUACAUGAACUAUAUGAUGGAUAUAGUAACAAAACAUUUAACAUUUUGUUUACUUAUUUCAUGCAAUGAAUCAUGGAACAAAAUCUGUAUUAUUGAUAGUUGUUUGGUAUCUCUUGUUGUAAAUAACUAUGAGCAAUUGUGACACUAUUGGAUAGAUAUUUCUUAACAUUAGAUUUUGAUCUGGUCUUAUUUUCUAGAUCAUUUUCAAGCAAUGAUAAAAUAAAUGUUGGACACUUUUGUAACUUUGUAAAUAGUGAUGACAAAUGAAUUUCUUGCAAAUAUAGAAACAAAA